CUGGAACUCACUGAAAACUGGUUAACUUCCCCCUUACGCAGACGGAAUUGACAAGACGCUGCGCAGAAUCAAUCAGAUAUGCUGGAAAACCUCGCUAAGUUCGGUGGUUUGAGAGUCUUUGCCAUUGUGCUGCUUGUGAUAGCAACCCCAGAAGGAAGACAAAUUUACGACAGAGCUAAAGCCGAAGAGGCGAAACGUGGCAUUAAAACCUUCACACGGGACGUUGUAGAAGAUUACAACCCUGAAAUCCACCAAGAACAUGAUGACAAGAAACACGACGAAGAUUCUGCGUUUAAAAGGAAAUUAUUACUCAAAGGUUAUACUUGUUCGGUUUUAAACGAAGCCACAAAAUUUUUCUCAGAACCCGUAGAUAAAGAAAAAAUUUGUAAGUCACAUGGUGGUUGCAUUUGCAUGAUUGACUCAUACGGAGAUUGCCAGGGGUGUUCUAUAGCUAAUGAGAGUGGACUACUCAUUUGAAAAAAAAAAAGCGUAAAAAGCUCUGUUUAUUUAAGGAUCUAAAACGUUUAAUGUGCUUGCCAUGAGCAAAACGUACUUAAUAAAGGUUUAAGUUCUAAGGUAUCCCGAUUGGUUUGAGUACAACAAGUUUGUAUUAGGUUUGCAGGCAUGAAUGCACAACUGAAAGGCUAUUACACUGAUUGCAGCACAGAAGAGUGUUUUUUUUUCUUAUUUCACCAACGCUUGGAAAAAAUAUUUUGCGUCGAUGUCAGCCAUUUUGCCUGAGUUUGAACUAUAAAUCGUCAUUUGAUAUUUAAGCUAUGUCCUGGCGAGCACCUUUGUAGAUGUACUGCCAUUAUCAAUUAAACUACUGAUGUACAAACACAUACAACGGUUUGUGAGAAAAAUACUUUGGAAAGAAACCUAUUAAUUGGAGUCCCCAAAGUUGAGUACAUGAUUUCUCCGUUCGACACCUGUGCGACUACUCCUAUACCCUCUUCACUUCAGAAUCAGAACAUUUUUAAGACUCUUCUUGAAAUUAUCUU